AUGGCCCCUCUCGCCGGUGAGCUGACCCUCUUCGCGGUCGAAAAAUUCAAGUACCCCGUCUUCACAUCUGGCGACCUAUCUUCGACGAAAUGCAUCGCCUUCAUCGGUGGCCUGACCGCUGGUCUGGGUACUAUCCCUUACGCGGCCAAGCUAAGCGCUGCUCUCAAAGAGAAGGGCUGGAAGCUUGUCCAGUUCCACUGGUCCAGCGCGUACGAUGGGUACGAGAGCCAUGAUUUGACAACGGACGCUCGCGAGACGACCGCGCUCGCUCGACACCUCGCAGAUGCAGCUAAUACCGCAGGGAUGACUGACCUCAUCUGGAUGGGCAAUUCCACGGGUUGUCAAGAUAUCGCCAAGUACCUUUCGACGCGCAACGAUCAAAACUCCAACUCCAUCGUCAAAGGCGGUAUACUUCAGGCUCCCGUCUCAGAUCGCGAGAGUGUCGCGCAUAACGAGGAGACCAAUGUCAUGUCGGCAGAGGAGGCGGCGACUAUCAUGCGAGAAGCGGGAAAGGCGGAGAGUAUGAUCGCAGAGCAUGGGGAUGAGGUUGCACCGCAGCUCCGAGCGGAAGCAGGGGGAAAAAUGACAUGGAAGAGACUUCACUCUCUCUACGCCCUUGGCGGCGAUGAUGACUACUUCUCCUCCGACCUCCCUACAUCUCCCCACGAUAACACCGCCGGCCAUGCUCAUCCCCUCUCCACCUCUUUUGGCCAAUUCACCGUACCCACUCUCGCACUCUGGUCCGAAAGAGAUCAAUUCGCCUGGUCUGGUUUCGAUACAGCCCGCACGCGGAUGAGGCGGUGGGCCGAGGCGUGUCCGCCGGAUGCGCCGCUGAGCUGGGCGGUAAUUGAUGGGGCGGACCAUGAGGUCACGGAUGAGGAAGUGCAGGAGGGGAUGAUUGUGGUGGUGUUUGCGUGGCUGGAGAAGAUUGGGGUGAUGAAACACUAG